AUGAAAAAGAGGUUGGAGAAUAUGUGGGAAAGAGAUGGAAAGCUUCAUAUCACAAAUAUUGAUAAUGAUUUCUUCUUGGUUCAUUUUGAAAAAAAGUCUGAUAUGGAUCAUGCUCUAACAACAGGGUUGGGGACUGGCUGGGCAAAUUUAUCUGAUUGGAUGCUGCAACAACAAACCUGGCGAGAGGCAAAAUAUUUGAUAGAGAAUCGAUAUAAGAAGGUGGAAUAUGAGGGCUUGCAUCUCAUUUGUCAUAAUUGUGGGAAGUAUGGACAUAGGGAGGAGUCCUGUCCGAGGAAUGUUCCCAGCUGUGACAACAAUGAGGCUACCGGUGAGAAUACGCGUAAGGAAUUGGUCCCUGUUUUCGAAUCUGAUAUCGUUGAGGUAGGUGAUGAGAAAAAUGAGGGUUAUGGUCUGUGGAUGGUGGUGUCUCGGGGAAAAAAGGGGAGAAGUGAUCAGGGAAACAUAAGUGCUGCAGCACAUAAGGGUGCAGUUCAAAAUAGUGCUGUUUUGGAGAGUUUUGAUAAGGAUAAAAAAGAAACUGUUUGUACUAUUGAGAAUCCUAAAAUAGAGGAUCAUGAGAAGGAAGGCCAGUCUUCUAUGGGGAAGCAAGUUAUAUCCCAGGAAGCUAACAAGGUGAAGAGAAAGGAAGUCCAAGAUCAGGUUAAAUUAAUUGAAUUGGAGAAUGCUUUCAAGCUUGUGUGGGAUGAUCUGUCAAAAAAUGAAAAUUUUGAGGAUAUUAGGUCCAUGGAUGAACCAAAAAUUCUGAAGUUAAUUCAUUCUUUGGCUAAAUCAAAAUUAGACCACCAGACUCCUAAGGUGAAUGAGCGUAUAGAUUGGAAGGUGACUGAUAACACUAUGGUGGUGGAUGAGCUGCGAUCUUCGGAGAGGAAGCAGGUGGUUAGUUUGGAGAACAUGCAAGAGGGUAGAAGAAGUUCUAAACUUCCUAAGCCCCCUGAUCCGAAGUUGAACCUUUUGAGGAGUGUCUCUAAUAAGUCAAAAGGUGCUGCUAAGCCUAAGCUUGGUUGUACCUUAAAAAUGUUGGUGGUUAAGCAUAGUGUUUGUAUGGUGGUGUUGAUGGAAACUCGUACUGGUAGUGCUGUGUAUGAAAGUCCUAGAGAAGAGGAGCGACAUGUGAUGUGGAAUGGAGUGCACCAGUUCAGUCAGAAUAUUAGCAUUCUGUGGGUUAUUGCUGGAGACUUCAAUGAUAUUAAAGAUGCUAGUGAGAAAAAAGGUGGCUCUUCUGUGGAUAGUGGUAAGUGUUAUCGGUUUUCUGAGUUUUUGGAUAGUUGCUUUGUUGAUGAUCUGCAUAGUUUUGGUUCUCAUUUCACUUGGCAAGGUCCAAAGUGGAACCAUCUUGAGAGAGAAAGGCCUUUAAGAUUUCUUUCUUCCUGGAUAGACCAUCCCAAGUUUGAGGAUUUAAUGGGAGGUAGUUGGGAUAAAAGUGAAGAAAUAAAGGUGAUGUUGAAUAGAUUUGUUCCAAAGCUUCGUAAUUGGAAUAAGGUUGUCUAUGAGGAGGUGCUUUGGUUUCAGAAGUCUAGGCAUAACUGGAUUGUUGAUGCUGAUAAGAAUACCAGAUAUUAUCAUUUGAAGACUGUUUGGAUUGAGGAGCCUAAUGAGCUUAGAGAGCAUGUUUGCAGUUAUUAUAGGAGUUUAUUUACUGAGGAAUCAUGGAAUAGAAGGUGGUUUUCUUCUCCUAAUUAUUGGAAGCCUAUCUCAUCUGAAGCUCGGGAUGGUUUGAAUAAAAUGCCUUCUAGUGUUGAAAUUUCCAGCACUCUUCAGUCCAUGGGAGCUUUCAAAGCUCCUGGUAUGGAUGGUUUUCCUGCAGUGUUCUUUCAAAGGAAAUGGAAGUUCGUUAAUAAUCAGGUUAUUGAUUUGAUAAGGAAGAUUUGGUCUAAUCCCUAUUUGGUGGCUGAGAUCAAUUCUACUUUAUUGGUAAGUUUUGUACCUAAUAGGCAAAUUCAGGAUAAUAUAAUUAUUGUUCAGGAGCUGGUGCACUCAAUGCAUAAGAUGAAGGGUAAGAAAGCUUUUAUGGCUAUUAAAAUUGAUUUAGUUAAGGCUUAUGAUAGGCUUUCUUGGAAGUUUUUGAGAUGUGUUUUAGAAGAGAUUUCUUUUCCUGAUCAUUUUAUUAAUUUGAUUAUGUGUUGUGUGGAGUCAGCUAAGGUUAAUGUGUUGUGGAAUGGAGGUAAGAUUGGUGAUUUCUCUCUUUCUAGAGGUAUUAGGCAGGGUGAUCCUAUUUCACCUUACCUGUUUGUCCUUGCUAUGGAGAAAUUGACUCAUAUUUUCAUGACUACUUUGAAUGGUGGGUUGUGGAAGCCAAUUCGUGUUGGUAAGGGAGGUCCUCAGAUUACACAUCUUGCUUUUGCAGAUGACCUCAUGGUGUUUAUGGAGGCUAGUGUUGAACAGUAUGAGGUUUUUCAUAAGUGUCUUUCUCUCUUUGAAGAGGCUUCGGGCCAGAAACUUAGUGUUGAGAAAACAAGCAUUUAUUUUUCUAGAAAUACAAGUGCUAAAAUUAUUAAUGAUAUCACACAGAGGAGUGGCUUUAAGCAUGUUAGGAAUAUUGGUCGAUCUCUUGGGUCAAUGAUGAGACAUGGUAGGGCCUCUAAGGAUAUUUUUGAUGGGAUUGUGGAAAAGGUUAGAGGUAAGCUUAAUGGCUGGAAUCAGAAAAGCUUGUCUCAAGCUGGCAGAAUUACAUUGUCAAGUUCAGUUUUGGCUGCUAUCCCUUAUUUUCAAAUGCAAAGCACCAAAAUUCCUUCUUCAAUUUGUAUGAGGCUAGAGCAACUUCAAAGGAAUUUUAUUUGGGGGGAUAUGGAUCAUGUUAGGAAAAACCAUCUUAUUAGCUGGGAUACAAUUACAUUGCCUAAUCAGGUUGGUGGUUUGGGCUUGAAGCGGAUGAAGCUGAUGAAUGAUGCUUUUCUUGCUAAGAGGGCUUGGCUUUUUAUGACAAAUCCUGACCAGCUGUGGAUUCAAGUUUUGCGGGCUAAAUAUGUAGCUAAUUCUAGAAGAAUUGGUUCUUUUAAAGUCUCCAAUGGUGAUUCAGUUUUCUGGAGAGACUCUAUUGUGCGGUCUGAUGUUAAAGUUGCAGAUAUGGUUACAGCAGAUGGGGAGUGGGACUGGUUGCGGUUAAAUCAAUGGUUCCCUAGUAAUAUUCUCAAUGCUUUGCUUGGUACUCUUCCUCUUAGUGAUGCUAAUGGUCCUUAUAGGUGUUUGUGGCGUUUGGAUGGUAAGGGUGGUGUAUCUUUCAAAGCUGUUUAUUCUUAUCUUUUGGAUCAGGUUAGUUCAGUUGGUAAUACUAGGCAUAAUUGGUCCUAUCUGUGGCAGUGGUUUGGUCCACAAAGGGUCAAAAAAUUUAUGUGGAAGAUUAUGCAUGAGAGGCUUCUAACUAAGGCUCGAACUGCCCUUUGGGGUAAUGGUGAUGAUUUGUGUCCGAUUUGUGGAUUUGAGAAAGAGAUUGUCCUCCAUUCCCUAAGGGAUUACUCGCAUGUCUAUUCAGUUUGGGUGUGCCUGGUGCCACCUGAGCAUGGUGAUAGUUUUUUUCUUGGAGAUCUCGACUCUUGGCUUCAUUUUAAUUAUAAUUUGCAGUCUACAGAUAGUACUAUGCUGAAUCGGUUGUCCGUCUUUUUUGUAGCUUGUUGUAAAUUUUGGGUGUGGAGAAAUGAAGUUUGUCAUUGCUCUACAAUUCCUUCGGUUAUUGAUAGAGUAAGGUUUAUUAGAAAUCUUGUUGAUGAUAUUCAGCAUGCUUGCUCUACUCAAUCAAAUCGAUAUGUGAAAAAAAGAACUAUGGUUUUGGAUAUUUCAUGGCAGUUUCCUGAUUAUGGUAUGAUUAAAAUCAAUUCUGAUGGUGCUGCUCGUGGUAAUCCUGGUUCUGCUGCUUGUGGUGGUGUGAUGAGGGAUGCCAAUGGGAGAUGGUUGGGUGGUUAUGCUUAUCGAUUGGGUAUUUGUAAUGCUUUCAGAGCUAAAUUAUGGGGGGUGCUUAGGGGUUUGGAGAUGGCUUGGAGCUCAGGCUAUCGCAAUGUGAUGAUUGAAAGUGAUUCUUCUAGUGUAAUCACUCUGCUAUCUAUGAAUGGUAUAGCAAUCCGUGAGUGUCAUCUGAUAUCUCGCAUACGGAUUUGGAUUCAGAAAGAUUGGACAGUUUCAUUUCGUCAUACAUUUCGAGAAGGCAAUACUAUUGCUGAUUGGUUGGCCAAUUUUUUACUUGAUGAUCAAGAACAGCCUGGUAAAAGAGUUUGGUGGGAUCCUCCUCCUGGUGUUUAUUUUUUGUUGCUUGCAGAUUUGGCUUCUUUUUGUAGACCACGUGAGGUGGUUUGUAGUCCUUAG